AUGGCGAUGGCAACUGCUUUGAGACGCGGAGGAAGGGGACUUGUCUCCCCUCAACCAUUCACCGCCGUCCGAUCCUCUCUUAUCACCGAGGAGCAUGUCCCUCUUGGAGUGCGUUCCAUUUCAACUCAAGUGGUUCGAAAUCGGAUGAAAAGUGUCAAGAACAUUCAGAAAAUUACGAAGGCAAUGAAGAUGGUUGCAGCCUCAAAGUUGCGAUUAAUUCAAACUAAAGCUGAAAAUUCUCGUGGUCUAUGGCAGCCGUUUACUGCGCUUCUGGGAGAUACUCCUAGUGUUGAUGUAAAGAAGAAUGUGAUUGUCACUGUGUCUUCGGAUAAAGGUCUCUGUGGUGGAAUUAACUCUACAGCAGUCAAGGUCAGCAGGGCCGUUAGCAAGGUGACUUCUGGUCCUGACAAAGAGACAAAAUAUGUCAUCUUGGGAGAAAAGGCAAAGGCUCAGUUGAUACGUGAUUCAAAAAAGAAUAUUGCAAUAUGCAUGACAGAGUUGCAGAAGAAUCCUCUGAAUUAUACGCAGGUCUCUGUUCUGGCAGAUGAUAUCUUAAAGAAUGUGGAAUAUGAUGCUUUGAGGAUUGUCUUCAACAAGUUCCAGUCAGUGGUCUCAUUUCUUCCGACCAUGGCAACUAUAUUAUCUCCUGAGGUUGCGGAGAGAGAGACUGAAUCUGGUGGGAAGCUUGGUGAUCUUGAUUCCUAUGAGAUUGAAGGUGGUGAAACAAAGGGUGAAAUACUUCAGAAUCUUACUGAGUUCCAGUUUUCUUGUAGCAGUAGUGCAACCCUGAUUAAUGAUUAUGCCAUUCUGGUUCAUAUGAGAACUGAUUCUACUAUGCAGGUUCUGUUCAAUGCGGUAAUGGAGAAUGCUUGCAGUGAGCAAGGUGCAAGAAUGUCUGCUAUGGAUAGCUCAAGCAGAAAUGCUGGAGAAAUGCUUGAUCGCUUGACACUGACUUAUAACAGAACCCGUCAAGCAUCUAUCACAACGGAGUUGACUGAGAUUAUAUCUGGAGCUGCAGCACUGGAGGGCAACAACAUUCCCGGUGAGAAGCAAUCCGGCUUCAACUAUGGCAUCUUGAAUGAUCCAAUUGUAGCUUUCGCCAUACUAACGCCUCAUUCCAAAAGUACCACUAUUGCUCAUUGGGACAUGGAAAGCGAGGCUAACAUUUUAAAAAAUGAAUUUUGCAAUCUCCUCCUCAAUAACCAGAGAGAUUCAUUACAGCAACAACACAACAAAAGCAUUAUCCUCGGCUCUCUUUUUGUGCUUCUCAACAAGUCCCAGACUGUCAAAAAGCCAAUCCCUUUUUGCUCACCAAAAGUUAUAACUUCCUUCGCGCUUCAGAGGCUGCUUUCAAAUGGAGAACGGAUGGACUUAUGGGUUGUUGGAGCCGCAGCUGCUGCUGGAUAUAUAGCUAAAUAUUGGCAAAAUCUUUCAAGAGAUAGGGCUAGUUCAUUGGAGUUGUCUUCUGGGACCUCCACUUGCGAGAAACCUGAAACUGCAAAUUGUCCCUUUCAUGAAUUGACUAGGGGAAAGAAACAAGCUGAAGACUCUUUUACAAAUGGAAGACACUUUUCAGAUGGAGGAUUCUCAGAUACGUACCGGUUGGAUAGUGCUUCAGACACAGAAGCAGCUUCUACUCGUGGUUAUGGUGAAAGGCUUGCAAGAUUGGGAACGUAUGAUGAUUGCAAUGUGCUCUCUAUGUCAAGCUUACUGCCUGGAUUCUCGGUAAAUGAAAAUUUAAAAGAAACUGAGGGUGGAAAUGGACCGAGUGAUGAUAUGGGUGAUAAGUCUGGUAACCUUUGUACAGGUGAAAUGGAUUCUUUUCAUGUUUCGGGCAAGAAAACAAGCUCUCUUAGAACUAAACGUUCAUACAGCCAUGUUGUUAAACCUUUAAGCUCCCUAGAUAGCUGUCUCAUGGCUCAGUUAUACAAGGAACAUGCUAGAAUGGAAGAAUAUGUGCUUAGUGCUCUCCCAUUGCCAUCUACUAUUCUGAGGCCAUUACUGAUAACUGAUGGAAGGCAAAUAAUUAGCAGAGCAGAUGGGGAUUCUAUAUUUGCACAAAUCAGAAAUGGCAAUAAUAGGAGGCACAGGGAGGAAAUUGUUCGUGGAGUUCCUCCACUACCAAAAAUUGGGACUUCAGAUCUCCCAAAGAAGAUAAAAUCUAAGACAGAAAAGGGGCGCAAUGAAAGAUCGAGCAGUUCCCAUAAUACAAGCAAUGGAAAGCACCUACAGUCACCAAAUGGUUUUCAUGAUGGAAUGGUUUUAUUCUGUCUGGGGGUUUCUAUUGGUAUAAUCUCAUCUCUCAUAGCUAAUGGAAGAGAAGUAGACCAGCUAAAAGAGGUGUUGAAACAGACUGAGAACUUGGUUCAAGAUCUACAAGAGGAACUUGAUAUGAAGGAUUCAUUAACAGUGAAGGAGCUGGCAAAUGAGAACAUUGAAUCACAAGAUACCUGCGAUAACUCCUUUCACUACAGGGCAUUGAAUCCGCAUCUCCUCAUGCAGAAUGUGAAUGAUUCAAUGAACAACAUUGGUAUAGAAUCGUACAAUGAGAACGCAGAGCAGAGUUCAGAGUCUAGGAGUAAAAUCGAAGCAGAGCUUGAAGCCGAGCUUGAGAGGUUGGGGCUAAACAUGAAUCCAUCUGCUCCACAGAUAAGGUUGUCUGAUCUUGUUGAGGGAUUGGGGAAUGGUCAACUGACGACGCUAGUCGAACUAACAAACUUCCAUGAUGGAGAUAAAUGGGAGGUUGACCAAGAUUCUACAGCAGAUUUUGCUCAAGGAGAAUUGAGGCUUGACAUGGUCAAUGGGCAAGCUGCUGCUCAAUCCGAGUCAAAUCAAGAUGCAAGUGGCACCUCCCCUGCUUUCUCUGGUAAUUAUAUAGUUUCACCACGAGAACUGAGCUUGCGUCUCUAUGAGGUUAUUCAGUCAACACUCGAAGAGCGUGUGAAGGAGCUUGAGACAGCCCUUCAAAAGAGCCAGAGGGAGGUGGAACUCAUGGAAUCGGAACAUAAGAAUGUUCAAAGGUUGUUGUCUACCACUGAGCUAAGAUACUCAUCUGGGGAAGAAAGUCCAGUUGCUGAAGGAGAUUUCAGUUGCAUGGAUCAGCCUCACGUAAUGAAUUUAUCAGGGGAAGCUCUGGAUGCCUACAACGAGGCAUAUGAAGAGCUAAACAAGAUGAAUGAAUCUGAGGAAGAAGAUUCACCAUCAGAGGUCUUUGAAAACGAUCAUCAAGUGGGCUUACAUCUGUUAGAUCAGAGUAUGUUAUGGGGUCAAAACGGCAGGGAAAACGGUUCUUUUCCAUGUUCUUCCCAAAAUAAAGAAAAGACAUCAAACGAACUACACAGGAGUCCAUUAAAGACGUCGGCAGAUUAUGGCUCAAGAAUCGAGGAAUUGCUUUAUGUUGGGGUAACAGAAGAUGAAAACAGUGAUUGUGAUGAUGAUAUGGAGAAGCAGUUGAUAAAGCAAAUUGUGGAGAAGACCAAGAAAGGGUCUCCUGUAGUGCUAAAUGCACAAAGGGUGUUUUCAGUGGACGACAAUGAACAUUAA